CCCAUGCGGCUGAAAUUAGGUUCGAUUGUGUAGUGCCGGCCGGGGUUGUGGGGGUGUGGGACUCGUUUCGGUGUGUUGAGGCUGACGCAGUGGAAGUGGAAGCUUUGAGAAAGACCUUACAACACUCAAAUCACCCUUCAACAAUGGCUGAAGAAAUCCCACCUCUGGAGGUGCUUUUGGAGCUCGCCAAGUCAGCCUUCCGUGGCAAAUACGGCCACGAAGCCGCGGUGAUGGCCUGUGCUCCGGGGCGGGUCAACCUGAUCGGGGAGCAUACCGAUUACAACGAGGGACUCGUGUUUCCAAUGGCGCUUCCCCUGGUGACGGUGGUGGUCGGUGGCCGCUCUGACUCGGACCAGUGUCACGUGACCACCCUGGCGGCCGGGGCCGACGCGCCCCUAUCGGUGACCUUUGACCUGCCGACAGAAGAGGCGCCGCUCCGGCCGGGACCCCCGGCCUGGUCCAACUACGUUAAAGGGGUGGUGGCCAACUUCAAAGGCGGCGUGGUGCCUUUCGAAGCGGUGCUGGCCUCGACCGUUCCUCUGGGAGCGGGUCUCUCCAGUUCUGCCUCUCUAGAGGUGGCCAUGUAUACCUUCCUCGAGGCACUCACUGGACGAAAGGCAGAAAGCCUGCGCGAAAAGGCGCUGCAGUGUCAGAAAGCAGAACACGAGUUUCCCGGAAUGCCCUGCGGCAUUAUGGACCAGUUCAUUUCGGCCAUGGGUCGAAAGGACAACGCGCUGCUCAUUGACUGCAGGUCUCUGGAGUCAACUCUAGUUCCACUAGCCGACCACCAGGUGGCAGUGUUGAUUACCAACUCCAAUGUUCGCCACACACUGACUGGCUCAGAAUACCCCAGCCGACGAAGAGCCUGCUUCGAAACAGCUAAAGUACUCGGGGUCAAAUCACUGCGAGAAGCCACCAUGGAACUUCUAAAAGAGCGACAAGGUGACAUUUCCGAAGAAGACUACCGUCGCGCUCGUCACGUGAUCACUGAGAUAGCCCGGACAGAGGCGGCUGCUGAGGCUUUCAAAAAGGGCGACUACGUCACAGCGGGAAAACUGAUGAAUGAAAGCCACGCAUCGCUUAGGGACGAUUACGAGGUGUCGUGCGCGGAGCUGGACCAUCUACAGCGGAUCGCCGCUGCAGUUGAGGGGGUAUUCGGAUCCCGGAUGACUGGAGGGGGGUUCGGAGGGUGCACCGUCACGCUGCUGAAAGGAACUGCCGUGGAUGCGUGCAUUGAGAAGCUCAAGAGUGAGUACGCCGGCAGCGCCACCUUUUACGUUUGCCGUCCGGCUGAUGGCGCCACCGUCAUAUCCGCCUAAGAUAGGUGUCGCUGCUGUGUUAGUAUAGGUGUCGCUGCAGUCUAGCUCCUUAGAACAAUGUAGCGGGAUUAUCAAAUGCAGUGCAGCAGAUCAGAGGCGGAUCCAGCUCAGAGUUUUGGAGGGGGCAAACCAUAACAAUUUAUCGAUUCUUUCCAUGCAUCGUCCAUAGGCGUAAUGUUAAAAUCAUGCCGUUUGGGGGGGGGGGCAAAUGCCCAUUUCGCCCCCCCCCCCUGGACCCGCCACUGCUGCAGAAUAUAGCUGUGCGUGUAGGUUUGCUACACAUUAGUUUGUGUCAGUAUUUUGGGGAAAUGUGUGCUCUGCCAUUGAAGUAUUUGUCAAAUAUGACUAUGAGAUAUUGUAUUUUUAGUGCACGCACACUGCACGGUAGCAGUGUAAGUUUGUUGGAUAUUUUCUGACCCACGACCAGUGUUAUCCCAACACUUACAAAGUCAUGACAGUUUCAGUAUUUGUAGUCGGCUAGUCACAUUGAAAUUACGAGCAGCUAGUCAUUGUUUCUAGUGUGCAUUACAUUGAACGUUGUCCGUUUCAAAGCAGCGAAUGUUUUGAUUGGUGAUACAAUCAUCGCCGUUUUUGUGAUUGGUUGAAUGGUGCAAAUAUUGCUAGAGUGAUGUGCCGAAUAAAUGGACAAUGAUACACGAUAAAAA